AUGGCUCCGCGCCGCAGUUGGUGCAAGCUCUGCCAGGACGAUUACAAAACUGGAGAUGCGAUCAUUAAGUGCACCAGCUGCCCGAAAUCGUACCACCGGGAGUGUCUGGAGCACGAUAUCGCCACCGGCGGUGCCCACAACGCCGAAGUUGUCAACGGCCAGUACGACUUCAGCACGUUCCAGUGCGAGAACUGCCUGCGCUACGAGGACGAAAACGUCAUCGAAAAUGACGAGCGCUGUAAGCUGUGCAAGGAGAAGAACCGCGAUGACCGCGACGUGCUGCUCCUGUGCGACGGCUGCCCCAACAGCUACCACAUCAGCUGCCUGCAGCUGGUCGCGGAGCCGGACGGCGACCAGUGGUUUUGCCCUAUGUGCAAACCCGAGGACUUCCAGGUGGUGACGUUCCGCAGGAAGCAGAACCCCCUGGCGGAGUCCGGCGACCACGUCAACUCCUCCAUCUGCUACGUGUGCCAGCGCCACGGCAAGCUGCUGGGCUGCGACUUCUGCAGCAACUCCUUCCACCACGGCUGCUUGCCCGAGUUCGAUGUGGGCACGAUCGGCGACGUGUGGGAGUGCCCCUGCUGCAAGGGCCAGGACCCCUUCAUCAACCAGAUGCACAAGCGCUGGACCGUGCAGCAGAUCGACAAGAACCUGAAGGAGCGGCGACGGUGCAUCCAGCUGUGGAAGGCCAAAAUCACCAAGUAUCGCAACCGCUUCCUGCUCGCGCACCGGGAUGAGCUCGGGCCGUUUGUGACCGACAAGUGCAUGGAGGUCCUCACCCGCAACCUGAUGGACGAGGGCUCCUCCGCCCGCAGGCGCCUCAUCAACUGCGGCCGCAGCAUCGACGACAUCCUCGAGUACUUCGAGGAGGAGGGCAUGAUCGAGGCGGAGAAGUUCAUCGCGAAGGCGCACAAGAGCUCCUUCUACCCGAGCGGGCGGCGGAUCGAUGGGCGCCCCCUCCGCACGGGCGUGCAGCUCAAGCCUCACCAGGAGUUCGGCGUCGACUGGCUGUUGAAGUCGUUCCUCACUGGCGGCGCCAUUUUGUCCGACGAGAUGGGGCUGGGAAAGACCAUCCAGACGCUCUGUUUUCUGUCGUACCUGAAGAUGAUGAAGAUCGAGGGGCCGCACCUGAUCGUCGUGCCCCUGUCCACGGUGGGAAACUGGCUGCGUGAGGUGCACCGUUUCACGCCGCACCUGACCUCCAUCAAGAUUUGCGGGUCCCGCACGGAGCGCCUGCACGCCAUGGAAGACCGGCUGGCCUACAAAGGUCUAUACGACUUGUACAUUACCACCUACGAGACCGUCAAGAGCGAGGAGGAGUUCUUCGUGGAGACCAUUCCGCGUUGGCAGUGCCUGAUCCUCGACGAGGCGCACCGUAUCAAGAACCAGUCGGGCGCCGCGCGUCACUCGAUGGACCGUAUCCUGGCGAACAUGCGCCUGCUCCUGACGGGCACGCCCCUGCAGAACAACGCGUUGGAGCUGUUCACGCUGAUCAACUUCAUGUUCCCCGACAUCUUCAAGGACACCGUGAUGAUGGAUGAGGCGCUGCGCAACCAGCCCAAGAGGUUCGGCCGCAGCCUGCCGAUGUCGCAGGCGGCCAGUGCUGCGGCGGCGGCGAACGCGUCGUUCAAGAAGGAGGAGCUGGAGGCCAUCAAGACGCUGCUGAGCCGGGUCAUGUUGCGGCGUCUGAAGGAGGAGGCCAUCACGCUGCAGCCGAAGGUCUUCCACGACGUCUGGCUCCCGCUGAGCAGCGAGUCGCUCCGCUGGUACCGCACGUUGAUGAGCGUCCGCUAUUUGAUGAAGGAGCAGAUGAGCGUGAAGAAGUUGCUUGGUAUGGUCAUCAAGAUGCGCAUCGUGUGCGGGCACCCUCGCGGCAUCGUCAGCAGGUUCCACCAGACGGAGAAGCUGUUCGACUUCUUCAAGCAGGAGUCGUUGCCGAUACAGAACCAGGUGGAGGCGGAUGCGGGGCGCUUGCGUGAGCUGCGCGACAAGGAGCACCGUGACGCCAGUGCCAAGCUCACGUUCCUGGACAAGCUGCUGUGCCAGCUGCAUUACGAAAACUGCGAGUUCGUGCCCGGGUACCAGGACCAGUACAACGCCCACCUGAAGGAACUUGAGACCAUCAAGGAGCACAAGCUGAAGUUGCACAAAAAGAUGAAGGGCGUGGCAUCGCAGGAGCCCUUCGUUAUUGAGAGCCACGAGUUUUUGGUGCGCAAUCCCGCACCCACUGCGCGGAAUCCGCGGUUCAUGGUUGACGGCAUGUACGAGUCCCCUGUGUCCACCGAGUCGCCGUACAAGCGCGAGACCCUCAACUUAUCGCUCUCCGGGAAGAAGCAGGCGGCGGCAGGCGGGAACAAUGCGAAAACGGAGCAAAAUGCCAAUGCCGCACACAAGCGGGGGCGUAUCCUAGAGGAGGACGAUGUAAUGAUGAACGGUACCGGCCCGGCCGCCGACGGUGGACAGGGCUCUGCCGAGGUGGUGGACGGCACGCACGUUAAAUCGGAGGAUGGUCCCAUCACCAACGGGGUCGCGCCGGGUGCGUGGGAUGUGAAGUCGGAAAACAUGGAAACUAACGUGAAAAAUGGAGCUGAUUAUCUAGUAAAACAGGAAAAUGCGGAUGAUAUACGAAUGAGUGAGAACGAAGUCCGUGUCAAGGAAGAAGCAGCUGGUGUAGUAUUAAAACGUGAGGGCAGUGAUGCCAAAGUAAAGAAAACUUCAGGGAAGAAAGUGAAGUCUGCGAAUGCAGCAACUAAGGGCGCCAAUAUGGCAGCCGAUGCGGACCCCGCAGCCUCCCAGUCGGAGGUGUCCAAAGAUCCUAUGAUGCACAAGGUGCUCGUUUUCACCCAGUUCCAGUUGGUGCUCGACGAGCUGGAGACCUAUUGCAACUGCCGCGGGUGGAAGUACAUGCGUCUGGAUGGUUCCACAAACAAGCUCAUUCGUGAGUUGGACAUCAGGGAGUUCAACUCGCCGUCGAGCCCCUAUUUCAUAUACCUGAUUAGCACGCGUGCGGGCGGUCUCGGUAUCAACCUCACGGCUGCCAACCACGUGAUUCUGUUCGACGAGGACUGGAACCCCUUUAUUGACUUGCAGGCCAUCGACCGUGCCCACCGCAUCGGGCAAAAGCGCAGCGUGCACAUCUGGAAAUUGAUCUCGGAGUGGACGGUUGAGGAGCGCAUGGCGCUGUGCCGUGAGAAGAAGCUCCACUUGGACAAGAUGCUGAUCAACUCCAACCGCCAGGCCAUGGACUACGAGGAGGCGGCGGAGGCGCCGAUAGUGUCGCUCACCCCGGCCGCGAUCCUGAAGAUGAUGAUGCACGGCAACAACGCGCUUAAGCUCACGGAUUGUGAGGAUAUCACUGAGUGGUACCUGGACGACAUUAUUGCGCGUGGCCGCAAGACGCCGCCGGAGGGUCUGGAUGACUCCGUCGAGAUCGACGAGACCGAGGAUGUCUCCCUGUUGCAGGAGGAAGUUGACCCCAACAUGGUGAAUGUGAGUGACGUCAUGAAAGAGGAGGACGCAGCGGAAUCGGACAAUGCCAGCAUGUCGUGUGAGGUCGCAGAGGAGGUUCCCACCAUCCUGGAAGGCGCCGACCUCCGCGUGUCAGACAUGCUGGACCACAAGCAAGUGAAGAAGCUCCUAAGCACCGCCAAGGAUAAAGCCGAGUUGCUGCGCAAGCUCGAAAGCGGUGGUUUGCUCUGGCGGUCCGGUCGUGAACGUCGCCGCCCUUCGUCAAUGUACGUGCCCGAAGGAUUCCGGAAGAGGGCCGAGACCCGAAGCAUACGUCACGAGUGCCGAUGCUUCUGCUGCGGCUACGCCAAAAACCACAAGGCGCACUACAAGGACAAGGACGGCGUAACCGUCGAGCUCGAUUAUGGGCCGCUUGUGCAGUGCUUCCGCUGCCCCAAGAGCUACCACAAGGUCUGUGAGAGCCUGGUGGAGCCCAAGAAAACGUGGACCUGCCGGUGGCACGAGUGCUGCCUGUGCUUCCGCAAGAGCUCGCAGUGUGACAACAUGCUUAUCCACUGCUCCAACUGCCCAACGGCCUUCUGCUACGAUUGCUUCCCUCCGGACUACACCCGGCACUACGUGGGCGAGGAUUACUACUACGCCCUGACGCAGCGUGGGUUGAACGCCAACGCUUCUAACUGGAUCUUCUUCCUGUGUUCGAAGUGCAAAAUUCUCCAGGAGAAGGAUCGCAGGAAGAAGAUGACGAAGGAGGAGCGUGAGCAGCAGCAGAAGCAGCAACGUGAGUUGCGUAAGCAGCUGGCUUCCAGCGAUGUCGUCGACGACAAGGAGAGCAGGAAGCGCCGCAGAGAGGAUCGUAUAGUGUUCUUGGACAACUUCCGCUCGCUGGAAACGCAAUACGAGAACAGGAUAAGGACUGCGUACGAGCGCCUGUGCCCGCCUAACCUCAUCGAGGAGGUGACCAAGCGGAUCGAGGCCGCCCGCGCCAAGCGCGACUCGGACGAAGCGGCUGGCAUCAUCCGCUUGAAACGUGAGGUGAACUUUUUGUCGGUGCGUUUGCCGUACCGAAUUCUGCAGCUCUGUGAUAACUGCAAGCUUCCGCUGCACAAUUCGGUCCGGUAUCCUACUGAGUGCCCGUUCCCCAAAGAGAUUGUCAAGCUGGAGGUAACGGUGCCGAGUGAAGGUCAAACCGGCCUAUCGCAAACUUCGGACGAUGGGACGGUAACGGGCGGGGAGUCACAGUCCGGAGCUCCGGGCAAGGUAGUGAAAAAGACCGCCUGCGCCAAGUGUCUGCUCGCCUUCACCGGCAAGCUUUCCCACACCCGCCGCAGUUGCGAUCUUUUGACCGAGGAGGAAAUGCAGGAUUAUGAGGAUCGCCGCAAGCGUGUGACCGCCGCAGUUGAGAUGUUGGAGAGUCUGGGAGCGGAGGGGCCCAACGAGAUUGAUUAUGCCGCCAUCCCGCACGCCCGCCUGAAGGCCAUCUACACGACCGCGCUGGAAGACAUGGACAAGAUCGUGUUGGACUGCUUCUCCAAGUGCGGGGUGGAGCUGGUGCCUGCCUUAUCGAGCUCAACACUUGCGUCCGCGGUCAGUCCCCCAUCGCCUGGCGUUGCGCCGGUAGGCAACAAGUCGGCGGCGGGUGGCACCGGCAGCGAAAGUUCGUUUGGGCAAAGUAACGCGAGCAUCCCUAAUUCGCCGCGGUUGAAGCAAUCCCUGCCACAACCGUCGGCCGAGUCCGCGAAGAAGAGGGUAGCCUCAGGCGGCGCUGAGUUCCCGGCGCGCAUGUCGUCACCGUCGACCACUUCGCUGGAGGGGUACGUCGGCAGCCCAACCGUGAUUAGCAACAGGAGCUCGCAUAGCAUUCCGCCCCUCAGCCUGGGAGGCCUGUCCCCGGCGGACAGCCUGAACAUUGCGAUCCCGAAGGUAAAGCAUGCGUCAUCACAUGACGCCACAACAGCGCCGCCCACAUCGAGUAGCGCGGACUCCAGCAGGGCGCCCAGCGGCGACCCUGCACUGUCGAUCAUGGCAACCACCCAUAUCCCCAAGAAGUCCUCGCCGCAGAGCGAUGGCGACAUCCGCGAAUACUUUGCCGAGCGGAGGUAG